AUGUAUACUUUUAGCUGCUUCACCUCUCUGCUGUGCAGGGCUCAGCAUCGGUUAGUGGUUGACCAAGCUCCGGACUACGUAUCCCCCUUGCCUCUAAUUAGGGAAGACUCUCUGGCAUCAUCUUCCACCUCCUUGCUGAGCUAUCGCCAGCUUACAGGGGACGCCACGGUAGGUCUCGGCGAGGACUCAGAGCUGGACGGCCCAGGCUUCGCUUCGUCUCCGUCUGAAGACUCGCUCGCCUUUGAUCAAACCCAGAUCGGCGUCUCUCAAUGGCUCAGAGAGGUCGAGUCCGAAACAGACUCCCUUGCUCAAGAGGGCCCGCCAAAUGACUUUUCUUUCUGGGACCAAGAGACCGAAUCCGAAACAGGCAGCCCGCCACCCGAGCCGACCGGCCAGAGCAUUUCUUCUAGUGGUGAGUCGACGCCUGGAGAAGCUUCUGGAAACGUGGGUGAUGAGGAUACAAGGGAGCCUCCCCAGGUUGACUGGGUCACUUUCGGCUUGUUGGUAAGCAGGGACGAUGGUACUCUCGCUAGGCUGCGUGGGGACGAGCACCCCGACUUCCGCCUGCCUACUUCUGCUACGUUGUUGGGCCGUAGAGCUACCUGGUAUGGGGAUGAGACAGGAACCGCUCGCGCUGUUGAAGUAUAUGAAUUUGGCCCAGGUGAUGCCACGGUUGUACAUGUUGGUGCAAGCUCAGGGGCUGGUGAAGUUCCUGUUAGGAACGACCCCAAGCGCCAGGGUGGAGUUUGGGAUGUCAAGUUUUGA